UGAGUUUGGCUUUCGUUACGUAGUGCAUUUUCUCGAAUUUCGUCAUCUUAUCUCGAUCGAACUGGUGAUUUUUCCACGAUAAUCUUGUUAAACUUGGUGUGUGAGUUACCUGAACGACGGAUCGAUGAUGCGACAAACACAGCAACCGCAGCAGCAGCAGCAAACCACAUCGACGAGUGCGACGACGACAACGCAAAAGAUGGAGCAGCCGUCGAAAAUAUUCCUCAAUCCGAAGUUUGCGAAAGCCCACAUCAAUCCCAAGUUCUUGGCGAAGCAGGAAACCUUGCAACCUGAAAUGCUGCCGCAGGAAGUAACUCAGCCCCAACCGAUGAUCCAUGUAAAUCCUGCAUUUUUUAUGAAGCUGCAAACGCAACAGGUACCCUCAUCAAGCGCUCCAGCAGCAUCAAAAACACAGGCUACUCCGUUUUCGAUGCCAUCGUCAUCCGUCUCGGUUGCGAGCGAUUGGAUAGGAACGCAUUCGAGGCCUGCUGCGACCAAAGUGCACUGUGCGCCUGCUAAUCCCAUCAUUAAAAAUACGAAGAGAAAAUUAAUUCGGGCCGCCACAGCAUCACCUGCCUUUUCGCCAUCGAAGCACCCUUUCCACCACCAACUACCGGAUCUGGCUCCGAUGGUGAAGAUCGGAAAGAACAAAUUGAUCCGCAGCACCGUCCCGUCGAUGACGGCGGGGUGGGGGAACGUUAAACCGACCAUCGUGAGUGUGCUGCCUCAAAGGCGUAGCCUGAAAAUCGACCGACGAUUACCGAAAGCCAUGCUCAGGGACAUCCUUCCCGCGAAACCCAGCUUUGUGAAGCGUUACGCCCUGUCAAGGAUAGACGGGAUCACGACAAGGCGCGUGGUUAUAACCGAUCCUAAGCUUUUGAAACUAAAACGAAAAACAUCCAUAAAAUCGUUCGACGAACCCGGUAACAGCAAAGCGGCAGUUGCGUACGCAUCGAAGAACAAGAAGCUGGUGCUCGUAAACAUCAACGGGGUACUGUAUCGAUCGUCGACAAAUAAGUUGCAGAAAUCAAUCCCGGCAGCAAGACCACCGGCCGUCCAGCCAGUUCGAAAGGGAGCCAAGGAGCAAGUGCUCGUCAUUCGCGGAACUCGUUUCGCACUGGAUCGUACGGGAAUGCGGCUUCGGACGAUCGCUGCUAAUGGAGAUGUCGAACGGAAGGUAGGUGGAUCGUUGCGUGCACCCGAACCUCACCGGAUGCAUCGGAUCGAUAUCGGUGGGCUUACGUACAAAGCGCGAAAAGAUGGUACCUUCGUUCGGACGGAUGUUCACCGAACGCGGAACCAUUUGAGCGUUGCCAAGCAACGCAGCCUCCAGGUGCUGACAAGCAGGCUGAGAAAGUGCAACGAACCGUGCCAUAUCUAUCGACGGCUGGGCAAAUGUUUGGCGCACAGCAGGGGCAAAUGUCCGAAGCUGCACGAUCCCAAGCACAUCAGCAUCUGCCGGAAGUUUCUGAGCGGCGAAUGUACGGUCGAAGGAUGUCUGCUGUCACACAAUGUCACCCUCGAGAAGAUGCCCGUCUGCAGGUUCUUCCUCGAGGGCCGCUGUGUACGGGACGACUGUCCUUAUCUGCACAAGAAGGUCAGCGAAAAGGAACGCAUCUGUGAUGCAUUUCUCAACGGUUUCUGUCCACUGGCUGAUAAGUGCCCGAACCGACAUGUGUUCCAAUGUCCCGAGUUCGAGCGGAAUGGUCGCUGUGAGCGCCUCAAGUGUCCCUAUCCACACGGUCGCAAGGAGAUUAAACCGAAACCGACACCACCGAGGACUGCUCCAAAGGAUUCGGAUUUGGAAACGAGGAAACUGGAAGCGGCGGAGCUACCGGUCGCGAUCGUGCCUGUUCGUUACUACCGAGACGACACCACCGGAGAAACGGGUGAGUUGAGUGUAAGUGAUCGAAGGCAGUUGACGCGUAUGUUGGGAGCGGUGGACAAAAUGAAAAAGCGGCACGGCGAGGAGUCAGGAUGUGUAAGUAUUGAAACAGACGCUGCGACACCACGCGAAGCUGUAGCAUCAUCCGACGAAUCACCGGAACAGAGCUUCGACGGCGAAGUGGAAGCAGAAGAAGAUACUAGACCGCCAGUGUUACGGCGCAAAAAGCUUGGCACGUUGCCAUCGUUUAUUCCGAUCUAAUGAUAACUUAUUAGUACCGUGAUCUACGUUACGUGUUGUGUGUUUGUAAAUUCGUGUCAUCACUCCUGUAAGUAGAGACGCAGCAUUGUUUGGCCUAAUGGUCGUGAAU